CAUCGGCGUCUCAGCUUUCCUCGACGAGGACGGACAACAGUGCAACGAAGAAAUACUCUGCUUUUGGUCUUGGAUAAAAGAAUCAAGAAUAGUGAUCGGAGAAUCCAUGGCUGCUGCGUUUGCGUCGACGCCGGCGGUGUUGGGGUCGGCUCGACCGGGACGGGUGGCCGGGGUUCGGCGCUCUGUGGUGGUGCGGGCGUCCUCCACGGUGGCGGUGGCAAUCGGGAGAACGCACUACGAGGUGCUCGGGCUGGGCGCCGGGGCCAGCAGGGGCGAGAUCAAGGCCGCGUACCGGCGUCUUGCCAGGGAGGUGCACCCUGACGCCGUCGGAGGUGGUGGCGACGAGGGGUUCAUCCGGCUGCACGCGGCCUACGCCACCCUCGCCGAUCCCGACGAGCGCGCUCGCUACGACCGGGACGUGACCUGCCGCGCCGCCGGGAUGACGAUGCGGCGGAGGGCGGCAGCGGCCGGACCGGCGUUCCGGCGGAGGACGUGGGAGACCGACCAGUGCUGGUAGGACGGGCGGACUCGCGCGGCUGCCCUCCCGGACCAUCGGAUCAGGCACGCCGUGUCAUGGCCGGCUGCCUUGGCCGGCAUGGUCAGAAUUGGACGACCCAGAUCGCGUGUGCGGACGCGGAAAGAGUCGUUUUUUUAAGAUCUCUUGUGCGUCCGAUUAGCAAAAUGCAAAUAUGUAAAUGAAUUAGUUACCUACUUGUAAAUUAAAGGCCAAGGAAUAUACUACGUAGUUUUCAAUA